AUGACGCUCAUCGUAACGAAGACUAAUAAAAGCCUCAAGGGCCACAAAGCAAUUAUCCUUCUGAAUACCGAGUCUCCCAAAACCCAGGUCGAAGCUAUCCAAAAACAAUUCCCUGACCUGACUAUCAAGACAUUCAUUGAGAAGAAGCAUAACGAGCCUUUGGAGCCUCAGUUUGAUGAAAAGGAAUGGAAAGAUACCACCAUCAUCUUGACUGCUGUGGCCACUGUUCACCUACUGCCGAAACCAGAGCAGGUGCCUCACCUGCAAUACAUCCAACUUACUAGCGCUGGUGUAGACCAUUUGACCAAGAAUCCCCUUUUUGCCGACACAAAGAUUCCUAUCUGCACAGCUAAUGGCGUUCAUGGACUGAGAUUGUAUCAAGUGAAAGAAUACUCCAAACUUCAGGACCAAGGCCAAUGGCACCGUCUCAACAAUGACCCCGAAGAUGCCACAGACACAGCUGGCAAGCGAAUUGGAAUCUUAGGGUACGGCAGCAUAGGACGUCAGACAGCUCGUCUAUCCAAGGCACUAGGCCUGGACGUCCACGCCUACACUCUCCAUCCUCGCAACACCCCCGAGUCCCGUCGCGACGACUCCUACACACCCCCAGGCCUCGGAGAUCCAGAGGGUGAAUUUCCUAGUAAAUGGUUCUCAGGCGGGUCCAAGGAAGAUGUCCGCGCGUUCCUCGACUCAGGCCUUGAUAUCGUUGUCAUCGCAUUACCGUUGACUGAGAAAACGAGGGACCUGAUUUCCAAGCCCGAGUUUGACAUACUCGCCAAGAGGAGAACAUUUGUAGUCAACAUCGCCCGUGGACCUAUUGUUAACACGAACGAUAUUGUCGAGGCAUUGAAUUCUGGGAAGAUUGUGGGUGCGGCGUUGGAUGUGACCGAUCCUGAGCCGUUGCCUAAGAACCACCCUCUUUGGAGCGCAAAAAAUGUGAUUAUCACGCCUCACAUCAGUGCAAAUUCCUCAUUCUAUUACAAGAGGUUGUUCGACAUCUUCGGUUUGAAUUUAGAGAGACUAGGUGCGGGGCAGAGUGAUCUUAUCAACAAGGUCAACAGACGAGAAGGUUAUUAG